GGUAAUCCUUAAAAAACAAACAAACAAAACAACAUCAACAAGGUAACUAUCUCCUUCCAGCUUUGGAGCUCCAUCAUUCUUGUCAACAUCUGUAAGUGCAGCUCAGAAUAUGAUAGCGCCCACAGCUUAAUAGAGGCAGCAUUCUUCUAUUGAGGCUGAAGAGAUGCUUUUGACAGGAAGCUUGAAAUCUCUUCUUCCCCAUGCACUAAGAAGAGUAAUUCGAUGCAACAGACUUAGUAUUAGUAAUACUUCUGGAAUGGCAGAAGGCUAUAAACAGGCAAAUGUUGUGAUUUUGCACAAAUCGCUUGCUGAUGACUUUGAAAAGUUUUGCCGUGCAAACAAAGGGCCCCUGCCACUGCUGUACAGAAGUAAGCCAGGUGAUUGGAAAUGCCCUUCUCUGGGUAGUGAUUCUGAUAUCAGAACUGACUGCCUACAGUACAGGUUAUAUGAGAAUGGAGCUUGUACUGGAUCUCUAAAAAGUCUAAAGGAGUAUACUGAACAACUUAAGGACAUGGUGACUUUCUAUUUAGGCUGCAGCUUCUCUUUUGAAAAAGCACUACAGAAUGCUGGCAUUGCUGUAAGAAACGUUGAGCAAAAAUGUAACGUAAGCAUGUACAAGACAGCUGUGCCUUGCUACAGUGUUUCUACUUUUUGCUGCAACUUAGUAGUCACAAUGAGACCUAUUCCUGCAAACAAAUUAGAAGCAGCUGUGCUAGCAACCGCUGAAUUAGAAGAAUCCCAUGGAGCACCAGUUCACAUGGGUAACCCUGGUUUGUUGGGAAUACAAGAUCUUUCCAAACCAGACUAUGGAGAUCCAGUUCAUCUUCAUGCUGAUGACAUUCCAGUGUUUUGGGCCUGUGGAGUAACAGGAGUAGAAGCAAUCAUCAACUGCCGAUCUCCACUAGCUUUUACUCAUUCUCCUGGCUGCAUGUUCAUUACCGACCUAAAGAAUGAUGACGUCACAGUCGGGUCCUCAGGAGAAGUCCCACAAGUCCAUUGCAUUUCUCAAGAUCCUUUGCAUUACAGUAUUGUAUCAGCAGAAGCAGCACAAAAGAUAAAGACAUUAGAAAGCCUAAUUGGAAUAGAUCCAGGAGACAGGGGUAUCAUUCAUUUACACCACCAGGAUGAGCUGCUGAAGUCUUGCCUGUCCAUUUCCCAUGCUCGAUCAGUGCUGAUAACAACUGGAUUUCCUACCAACUUCACUUACGAGCCACCCGAAGAGAAUGAUGGGCCCCCAGGAGCCUUUGCUAUUGCAGCCAUGUUGCAGGCUUUGGAAAAAGAUGUUGCCAUAGUAACAGAUCAGAGAGCCCUGAAUCUGAAUAAGAAGAUUAUGGAAGAAGCUAUUCAAUUAGGAAUCCUGAAGAGACCUAUCCCUCUAUUGAGUUAUCAAAAGGAAAGUAGAGAUUCAGCUUUGAUGUUUUUGUGCAAGAACGGGAAUCGUGGAAGACCUAGAUUUGAUCACCUAAUAGCAAUAGAGCGUGCUGGGAUGGCUGCUGAUGGCAAUUAUUACAAUGCCAGGAAAGUUAAUAUUAAACAUCUAGUGGAUCCCAUAGAUGAACUAUUUUUAGCUGCAAAAACCAUUCCCGGAGUUGCAACAACAGGUGUUGGAGAUGGAGGAAAUGAAUUAGGAAUGGGCAAAGUAAAAGAUGCUGUAAAGAAGUACAUAAAAAAUGGAGAUGUUAUAGCUUGUGAUGUUGAAGCUGAUUUUACUAUUGUAGCUGGGGUCUCAAACUGGGGAGGCUAUGCCAUUGCUUGUGCUCUGUAUAUUCUCAGCACUUGUGACAUACAUGAUCGCUAUCUGAGGAAAGCUGUUGGGUUUCCACAGUUAUCUAAGAAGAUGGUCUGGCUAUCUGCACUUCCAUCUGUUACCAAGGAAGAAAAGCUUCUGAAAACACUUGUGCAGCAUGGGGUCCGCAGUGGAAAAACUGCCAGUCUAGAAAUGGAAGUGGAUGGGCUGCCCUUCUAUAACACACAUUCACUUAUGAUUGAAAAGCUGCUGCAAGAAGUGCAGCAGUGACUGCACCCUCUGAUUUUGAAGUCAGGAAUUUCUCCUAUGUUAUUUCCUUAUUCCUAAUCUACUUACAAGGUAGAAAAAAUCAUGAAGAUGGUUCUAUGUCUUUAAGUACAGGAUUUUUCAUGUCUGGUGUCUCAGCCAUGCACAACCUUUUAUUAUUACCCUUAAAACAUCUGUGAAGCAGGAAGGGAAUAUGAUCAUGAUCCAUUGGUUUACCUUUGUUUUCUGUAAUUUUAUAAUGGAUAAUGGAUAUUAAAUGAUAUUACAUACUAAGAGGUGAUCUGGCUUUACAAAGAAAACUUGUCAUUAAAAUGAAAUCUUAUUGAAUUGCUGUUCCUGUUUUACUAACCUCAUAACUGCAACAGGAAGUAACUCUUGUAGCAACUUGGAUUUAAAAAUACCUUGUGGUGGAGAAAACAGUUGCAGUGAAGGAGGGAGGUUCAAAACCAAACAACAGUAAGUGUUACAGCAGUGAAAACUGUUAAAUAUGGUCCCUUACACACUUCUUGUAGCCCCUCCAACACUGCACUCUGUUGGUAGUGGACAGCUGCUGGAUCUGUGAGGACACUGGGGAGACCUUUAACUGACCUAGUGAACAUAAGGGUAUCUUUGCAGAGUUUCCAUGUGAAGGGUAGGCUGUACUGCUUGUCUACUUCAUGUUAGUAGUUUACGAUUUAUAAAUUUAGUCCCUUUCUAGAUAAUACAGAAAUGCUGUAGACAUUUUAGGGCAUCCUAUUAUUAAGAAUAAAUGAAUUAAAUAAGUAAAUAGUGAUUAGAAAUUAAUUGUUAAAAAUUAAAGCAUGUGUAGAAACUAAAGAGCCUUGACAUUCAGUAUGAAAUAAAAUUAUGGAGAUGAAAGUAUAGAUGAAUUCCAGUUAUAGAAAUUCAGCUGUUGAUGAGAUUGAAUCAAUACAUGGCAAGCAAUUAUGAAAUGUACCUGAUUUGUGUCCUGUAAAACUGGGUUUUUAUUUUAACACCAGAUGAGUGUCAAUGCAGAAGUUUUGUCAGUCAUCAGUCCUCCCAGCAGAAAGGAUGUGAUACAUUUUACACUGCACCUCUCAGACAUGAUGCCUUAGCUCUCAUAGAAUGAUUAUAAUCGGUACUUAAGGACAGCAUCAAUCCAUUGUGCUUUAAGAGGAUCAGAAUGGCAGUUCUGUUUAGCCACUUUUUUUCCCAAAGGGAUGUGGACUUUCAGCAACUAGGAACAUCGUAGAUCUACUUUUCUUCUGGGCAGGUGAAUUUAAUGUUCUUGCCCCUACGUAAGAGGUGCAUGUAACUUUUUGAGAAUGAGAAUAAUCAGUCACGUUUCUCUUGACAAUACCACCUCUACUUUGAAUAUUAAUUUUCUGAAUUCAUUGAGGAUGCACAGCCAUUCAAGACUGACAGUAGAACAUAACCUGAGAGAAAGAAAUUUUAAAGCCAGACUGACUGAUAGACAUUCAGACUCACAAAAACUCCCUAGUGUUUAUUUUAAGGCUCAUUCCUUAUUUUAUAUUAGUUUUAUUCAAAACCUUCUUGAAGGAAGUUGCAGUGAUGUUAUCUUUGAAGUUUCUCAAAUAGAAAAUAACUUCUUUAGAAGUCUCCAAACUAUAACUAUUAAGCAACAGAUUUCAUAUGAAGGCUUGAACUUUUUCCUAAAGCCAUUAACUCCCCAGGAGUGAAGUUACCUUGACUGGUAUGUAGAGCCCACAAAAUGAAAUUGGCAUCAUUUUGAAAAGCCUGUCUGGAAAAAGUGGCAGCUGAUUUAUUUCUGCAUGGGCACGUGCACCUACAUGCUCAGUAGCCUACUGACAUAUUACAUUAACAGGUGUAAUAUAUAGGAUUCUUUCCAAAUACUAAUUUUUUGCCAAAA